AGAAAAUACUUGAUAUCUGAAUCAUGCACUUUUGUUGUAUGCUCAGUUGUAUUUCCAGGUUACAUGGAUGAACAACUUGCAAAAAAAUCAGAGUCCAAAGCCCAGAUUCUAAAAAGUGGAGGCCCUACAAGGUCUCAGAAUAGCCAGGAAGAAAACAAGGAAGCACCAAAGAAUGAAGUCAUAUUUAGAGAUUCUGAUAAAUCCUUCACAUCAACACACAAAAAGGAACCAAAAAAAAAAGCAAUAGGCACUAAUUUAGAGAAACACAAGAUAAGAAUGGAGAUCAAGGUAGAGAGAGACACUGGAAUACAAAAAAGACAGGAAGCCCAAGUAAAGAAGAGUGAGGUGGGUGUAUCAAAAGUACAGGAAGCCCAAUCAAAGAAGAGUGAACUGGGUGUACCAAAAAGACAGGAAGCCCAAGAAAAGAAGAGUGAGAAGAGUGUACCGCAAGGACAAGAAGCCCAAGAAAAGGAGAGUGAGGUGAGUGUACCACAAGGACAGGAAGCCCAAGAAAAGGAGAGUGAGGCGAGUGUACCACAAGGACAAGAAGCCCAAGAAAAGGAGAGUGAGGUGAGUGUACCACAAGGACAGGAAGCCCAAGAAAAGGAGAGUGAGGCGAGUGUACCACAAGGACAGGAAGCCCAAGAAAAGGAGAGUGAGGUGAGUGUACCACAAGGACAAGAAGCCCAAGAAAAGGAGAGUGAGGUGAGUGUACCACAAGGACAGGAAGCCCAAGAAAAGGAGAGUGAGGCGAGUGUAACACAAGGACAGGAAGCCCCCAAAAAAGCAGGUGUACCAAAAAGACAGAAAAGCCAAGGAAAGAAGAAUGAGAUGAGUGUACCACAAGGCCAGGAAGCCCAAGAAAAAGAGAGUGAGGCGAGUGUAACACAAGGACAGGAAACCCAAGAAAAGAAGACUAAGGUGGGUAUACCAGAAAGACAGGCAUCCCCCAAAAAAGCGGGUGUACCAAAAAGACAGAAAACCCAAGAAAAGAAGAGUGAGACGAGUGUACAACAAGGAAAGGAAGCCCAAGAAAAGGAGAGUGACGCGAGUGUACCAGAAAGACAGGCAUCCCCAAAAAAGGCGGGUGUACCAAAAAAACAGAAAACCCAAGGAAAGAAGAGUGAGACGAGUGUACAACAAGGAAAGGAAGCCCAAGAAAAGGAGAGUGAGGCGAGUGUACAAGAAGGACAAGAAGCCCAAGAAAAGGAGAGGGAGGGGAGUGUACCAGAAAGACAGGCAUCCCCCAAAAAGGCAGGUGUACCAAAAAGACAGAAAACCCAAGGAAAGAAGAGUGAGAUGAGUGUACCACAAGGACAGGAAGCCCAAGGAAAGGAGAGUGAGGCAAAUGUACAAGGACAGGAAGCCCAAGGAAAGGAGAAUGAGGCAAAUGUACAACAAGGAGAGGAAGCUUAA